UUUUAGGUCAAGGGUUAUCCUUCCAUUGAUCACCCGGGAACCAGCGUACAACAUGGCAGGCUCACUUAUCAAUUUGUCUAAAGCCUUAACCGGCGUUUCACAAUUAAACGUUGCAAGAGUUACUGCAUUGGCAACUCACAAUGCUGUCCAGAAAAGGAACUAUAGUGUUUCAAAGCGUAUUGAGGUUGCCAAUCCAGUGGUGGAAUUGGAUGGAGAUGAAAUGACUAGGGUUAUCUGGGAAAAAAUAAAGGAAACACUAAUCUUCCCAUAUCUGAAACUGGACACAAUCUACUUUGAUUUGGGCCUGCCAUACCGUGAUCAGACUGAUGAUCAAGUCACCAUCGAUGCAGCGUACGCUAUUAUGAAACACAACGUGGGUAUAAAAUGUGCCACUAUUACACCAGAUGAGCAAAGAGUGGAAGAAUUCAAACUAAAAAAAAUGUGGAAGUCACCGAAUGGUACCAUCCGUAAUAUUCUUGGAGGCACCGUGUUCCGUGAACCAAUCUUGUGCCAGAAAAUCCCCCGCCUUGUUCCUGGAUGGAAGGAAGCAAUCAUUAUUGGGCGCCAUGCCCAUGGAGAUCAGUACAAAGCUACAGAUUUCACCACUGAUUCCCCUGGUAAAUUUGAAAUGAAGUUCACACCAUCUGAUGGCAGUGAAUCCAGAUCCUGGGAAGUGUUUAACUUUACACAUAGUGGUGGAUGUGGUAUGGGAAUGUACAAUACUGAUGAGUCCAUCAAGGGUUUUGCCCACAGCUGUUUUCAGUACGCUAUUUCAAAGAAGUGGCCUCUCUACAUGAGCACAAAAAACACUAUUUUGAAAGCCUAUGAUGGACGGUUCAAAGACAUAUUUCAAGAGAUCUACGAGAAGAAUUAUGUCAAGGAUUUUGAAUCGGCUGGCACUUGGUACGAGCAUCGUUUGAUUGAUGAUAUGGUGGCACAGGUCUUAAAAUCUGCUGGUGGCUUUGUCUGGGCAUGUAAGAACUAUGAUGGAGAUGUGCAGUCUGAUAUUAUUGCUCAAGGGUAUGGUUCACUUGGUUUGAUGUCCAGUGUCUUGGUUUGUCCCGAUGGUAAGACAGUAGAGUCUGAAGCUGCUCAUGGCACUGUCACACGGCAUUACAGAGAACAUCAAAAGGGUAACCAAACAAGUACCAAUCCAAUUGCAAGUAUCUUUGCCUGGACCAAAGGUCUGGAGCAUCGAGCUAAACUAGACAACAACAAGGAAUUAUUAAAAUUCUGUAAUACGUUAGAAAGUGUUUGCGUUGAGACCGUGGAUGCUGGUAAUAUGACCAAGGAUCUUGCAGGAUGUAUUUGGGGACUAAAGAAUGUGAAGCUUGGUGAACACUACAUGAAUACAAUGGACUUCCUGAUGACUAUCUCUUCAAACAUGGAGAAAAAAAUGAAGUAGGAUAAAUUCCGGGAUAUACAGCAGAAUUUGACCCAAUGAUCUUUGUUUUAAACAGAUUGAAUUUAUUUUCUUGUGUACAAUUGUAGUAUAGAGAUCUAUUUAUAGCUAAAACAUGUUCGAAGAAAGUGUGGAUAAAUCACCAUGGUUGGGAAAUGGCCACAUGAUAACGUACUGUGGCUCCACUUUUUUCCUUUAAUAAUUUUUCAUAUUUGCAUAUUAAAUACAUUGUAACAAAAUAAAUAUAUAUAUAUUCUAGUAUUCAGCACCACUCUGAUUGCCAUAUUUGGGUUUUGGAAUUGUACACGUCUCGGCAGUCUUCAUGGUAUUGUCAAUAAAAUGACCACUUCACCAUUUCAACUUUUGCAUCUUUUCGUAAUGCACUCUCAUCUCGUUGCACCAGGAGACUUUGGCAAACUGAGUUAGUGUGAAUAUACUGUAUCUAUGCAUUUAGCGGUAGAAAUUAGCACAGCUCUUUUGUAACACACACAUAAGAUCAGUUAUAAGAGAAAUCUUGAUUCAGUAACAAUUUUGUUUUUCCCUGACCAUUGCACUGAAUUUAUAGUGGUUGCCAACAAAAUUUGUACUGGAAAUUAGCAAACUCCCCAAGGAAAUCCCUAUGGACAUUGCAAGAGACAUUGCUAUUGGCGUUAUCAAAUGUUAUGAAAAAAAAUUUGCCACAUUUUGUAACAAUCUCAUUUUUACUGAGGCAAUGAAAUGGAUAGAUUCUCAGACAGAUGGGAGUAAAUUUUAUUUUACCAGGGAUAUUGCAAUGUUGUGAUUACACAAAGAAGGCUGUAAAUUAUCUGUGCGAAUCUCAUUUGCAGUUGCUUCAAUCGUUUGGUAAAGUUGAUGGGGGUUGGAACAGCGAUGGGACUUUCCUGGGGGGGGGGGGUGUUGAAAGUUACCUGUACGAAUCGUGUUUGUACCUGCUGUAAUUGUUUCUUGAAACAACUCUUCUCAUUAGCUGGAAGUAAGCAUUCAUCCAUCCAGUUUCUUUAUAGGAUGGGAGCGUGCAUGUCGAUUCUCUGAACUUGUUGAAUAGUUUACAUAAUCAAUGCAAUUUUUUGUCAAAUAAUUUUUAAGAAAAAUAACAAUAGCUGCAAUAAAUUUCCAUCUUAGUGUUUUGCUGCUUGACACUAUUAUAUUGAGUUGUAUUGCUACCUUUUAUCAUGCACUUGUGUGAAAUUUUAAUUGGCAGACGUUGGUUCAACAGUGGCCAUCCAGAUUGUGCUAGUUUUGAAGAAUGCAAGACCAGGCGAAACAAAUGUUGAUAGACUAAAAAAAGUUAAUUUAUCCAUUCUCGAAUUGAAUCCCUACUUGCUAAAGUUUAAUUUUAUAAUCUUUUUGGGCCACAAAUCAUUUAGUAAUUUUUUUUUACCACCAUACCCCCAAAUUAUCUUGCCCAAGAAAAUUGUAAGUUACCAUUUUUUUUUGGCAAGUUGAUUUGUUGUGGAAAGGUCCUGUGCCUUUAAUUGCCGCUUGCCUUAUUUCAAUUGUUUGUUGUAUGUCUUCUCUGUACCUUGUCUAAGGAUAGGAAUGUGUGAUCUGUUUGUGUGAUGCAAUGCGUUUUAAAUAAACUAUUGUUUACAGCAA